AUGGCUACACUCGAUUCCGAUACCCUUCGUCUCCAAUCUCUUGGUUAUAAACAAGAACUAAAACGAAGAUUUACGUGUUUAACUAAUUACGGAAUGUCUCUAUCUGUGAUAAGUAUCAGUUCUGGUCUUUCAUCACUAUUUUCCUAUGGAAUGAUAACAGGUGGUCCUGUUGUUAUGAUAUGGGGAUGGGUUGUUGUUUGGUUUUUUACUCUUUUUGUUGUUUUUGGCAUGGCAGAAUUAUGUUCGGCUUAUCCAACAUCUGGUGGUCUUUAUUAUUGGGCAGGCAUUCUUGUACCGCAGCGACAUAAAGCAUUUGCUAGUUGGUUUACUGGAUGGUUCAAUUUAGUUGGACAAUUUUGUGUCUUAGCUGCAGUCGAUUUUGGCCUUGCAAUAUUAAUUGCUAGCGUUAUUUCAUUCAGUUUAAAUUCGCAAUGGUCACCUCAGCCGUAUCACAUAAUUCUUAUACAUUUAGUAAUCGUCAUCAGUCAUGGUAUAUGUAAUUCAUUAGGAACACGUUUUCUAUAUUGUUUAACAUAUCUAUCGAUAUGUUGGCAAUUAUUAACACCAAUUAUUAUAUCGUUAGCACUUCUUAUUGGUGCUAAGCCAGGUCAUCAAUCAAUAAAAUAUGUUUUUACAGAAUUUAAAAAUGAAACUGGAUGGAAAAAUCAAAUUUAUGUCAUUUUAAUUGGACUUUUACCAGCUCAAUAUAUUUUCAAUCGUUACGAUGCAUCAGCUCAUAUGACAGAAGAAACGAAGCAUGCCGAUACAACUAGUUCAUGGGCUAUGAUUAGUGCCGUCGUGGUUUCGGCUAUGAUUGGUUGGCUCUUUCUUAUCGCAUUGUUCUUUGGUAUCCAUGAUUAUGAGGCUACAAUAAGAACAUCAGCUGGAUUUCCGAUAACACAAAUUUUACUUGAUAAUUUUAGUAAAGAAUUAACUUUAGUAUUUAUGUGUCUACUUCUCGUAGCCUGUUGGUUCUGUGGUUUCGCUUCGGUAACAGCAAAUUCAAGAAUGAUCUAUGCUUUCAGUCGUGAUCAUGCUAUGCCAGGUUCGUAUUGGUGGUUUAAGAUUCAUUCUCGUACAACAUGUCCAUUGAAUGCUGUUUGGCUAUCAUGUCUUAUUGCAUUUAUUCUUGCACUUCCUUAUUUAGCUAAUACAACUACUUAUAUGGCUAUUAUCAGUUUAUCUACUGUUUGCUUAUAUAUAUCGUAUGGUCUGCCUAUUUUAUGUAAAAUUCUUUAUCCACAUACAUUUCUUCGUGGCCCAUUUCAUCUUGGAAGAUUUUCCAGAUUUAUUAAUGUAAUAUCACUUAUUUGGAUUAGUUUUAUCGUUGUUCUUUUUGCUCUUCCAACAAUCUAUCCAGUUUCUGGUGUAACAAUGAAUUAUACGCCAAUCGGUGUACUGAGUGUACUUAUAUGCAGUGGAUUUGCCUACUUUUGUUCAGCAAAAUAUUGGUUUGAAGGACCAGUGACUAAUUUAACUUUCAAUUAUAAUAAAGAUAAACUUGAUUUUGUUGUAAAAAAUUUCUAA